UUCAUGUGCGGAAGAGACUCAGCGACUGCAGCAUUCAAGCUCGGCACUUCACAGAGGAAGGACAUCCCAUAACAAAAACACGAAACACAAAACGAGGAACUUAUCCUUUUCUCUUUGCAGUGUGAGCAAUCACCCUCUGGAAUUCCGUUCUUUCACGUAACUCGGAGCUCCCAAAAACAGCAGUCGUGGCAAAUUCAUAGAAAUAGUUUGCCUCGUGUGCUGUGCGCCCAAGGAUCCCGGUCGGUCCACCCAUGAGAGAUCAACUACGGCAGAAAAGUUCCGAAAACGAAAUGUCUGCAACCAUCCUGUCCGCUUUCUACGACAUCGACAUGCUGUACAAGCAGGAGAAAAGUCUCAACAUGAACGCAAUUCACAUCAACAGUAUGUUGGACAAGAAAGCCGUGGGUGCUCCAGUUACAACGUCUAGUUCCAGCAACUGCUCCUACACCCCGGGAUUUUUCCGCAGAAAUUCGACCAGUAACAUGGAUUCAGUGACCAACAGCAACAAGUACACAGCGGGCUCCUACAGUAACUUGAAGGAGGGCUCGGUGGUGAAUGGCAGCUCGAACAUCGCCAUCAUGAACAAGGAGAACAAAUUUCGUGACCGUGCAUACAGCGAGAACGGGGACCGGAGCCAGCAGCUCCAGGUUCUGCAGCAGAAGCCGGGCUCUCAGAUCAACUCCACCCGCUAUAAGACAGAGCUAUGCCGACCAUUCGAGGAGAAUGGAGCGUGCAAGUACGGGGAAAAGUGUCAGUUCGCGCACGGCUACCACGAGCUGAGAAGUUUGUCUCGCCACCCCAAGUACAAAACCGAGCCAUGCCGCACGUUCCACACUAUCGGUUUCUGCCCAUAUGGUCCACGGUGCCACUUCAUCCACAAUGCCGACGAACGCAGGCCAGCCCCGGCCAACGCCAACAUGCAGGGAGAAUCUAAGUCUGCUCGGGAGCUGUGCGGAGGCUACGGCCAGAGGGACAUGCCACAGCCCAGCGCCUUCAGGGAGAGACCAAAGCUCCACCACAGCCUUAGCUUCUCCGGCUUUGCCACCCAACACGGACUUGACUCGCCGCUCAUUGAAAGCCCCACAUCCCGCACCCCGCCACCCCUAUCCACCAACAACUCUUGCCCCCAAAACUUUUACGAGGAUGUGUCGCCAAACACUCUUGCUUGCAUCAACAGUGCCUUCUCCUUCCCUGGGCAAGAACUGAAAGCCUUACUCGCUCCACUGGCAGUGCAUGCUCAAAACAACUACGCCAAUCACUCUAAUGGUGCUUACUUUGGGAACCUCUCGACCGUGUGCCCUCCCUCUCCCCCCUACAACAUGAGCCACUUGCAGUCCUCCCUGCAGCGCCUCUCUGAGUCGCCGGUGUUCGACUCGCCCCCCAGCCCCCCUGACUCCAUCUCAGACCGGGAGAGCUAUGCAAGCGGGUCCCUAAGCUCUUCGGGAAGUCUCAGCGGCUCCGAAUCUCCCAGUUUGGAUGCCGGCAGACGUUUGCCAAUCUUCAGCAGGCUGUCGAUUUCAGAUGAUUAAGUUCGAUCACUUUUGCAUGUGGUGUGUUUGUUUUUUUUAUACCUUGUUAAGUAUGAGGAGGACUUGAAAUUCCAGCACUCACCGCUGUUUUUGGACGGUGACACCUCUGACGACGUGUAACGUUUGACAGAAUUACAUCUGCUUUAAAACUUUAGAGACAGAUGACAUUGUCUUGUCUUUUUGAUAUGGCAUUAGUCCAUUUGUCUGUAUGUUUUUGAUAACUACAAGUAGCUAUCAAUAGAAGGCAUUCCACCGGUGACUUAUGUUUUGAGCUGCAGCAGAUUGCUGUCUUUUUAGGUCUUAUCAAGACCUGUUUCCGGAGUCGUAUACAAGACUUUUUUUUUUUUUUUCUUUCUAUCUUUCUUUCUUUACGAACGAGAGAAACCUAGCGGUUUUAGAUUUUCCUGCAUCCUACCAAGAAUAUGCCUUGACACAAGUGUAACAGCUUCACAGCUUCAAAAGUAUGUGUGAUUAUUUUUUUUUCUUCUUGAAAGCUUAAAAACUUCCAUUCCAAAAGUUGUACCUGGUUCACAGCGCCACGCAGUGGUUUGGUUGGGUAGUGUGUAGUUUGUUGCUUAGUCCAAGCAUUCUUGUUGAGGUUUGUACGGGAGAUCACUGCUGUUGGUUGGAUAUAUAUUUUUUUAGAAGUUCUGAGUGAUUACAUAGCGGUGCAUAACUGGCUAUGGACUAUUUAACUUAUUUAUUAUCUUGUGAAAAGUAUAGGCUACAUUGGUAAUUGUCCAGACUGUAUUUAUCGAGUAUGAUGAAGCAAUAGAUAUAUUCUUUUAUGUUUAAAUUAUGAUCGCCAUUAUUAAUCUACAGUAAGUGGAGUGUAUGUUCUUCUCACAGUAAUAUAUAUUUUUUGUUGUUUGGUCUCUUUUGUAACUUCACUUCGUUAUUUUAUUGUAAAUGAGUAAAAAAAAUCUUAAUUUAAGAUAUUGUAUGUGAUAUUUAUUUCAUUAAUUUUUUGUUUCCUUGUUUACGUUUAUUAAAAAACAACAAACAAACGUUUGCGUGAUUUGCUGGAGGUUGCUUGUCUGUGCUGUGGAAGGCCUAUCUGUCCUUGGCGAAUCCCUAGAUUUGUUUCUCUAGUGGAGUCAGUAGAAUGUACAAACAAUGUGGGUUUAUUCUUUCUUCCUGUCUUUGUUUUUGUUUUGCUAUUUUGUGUUUUUCUUUUUACCCAAGACCGUCCAAACUAGCCUUACUUUUUUACACAUCCAUAUCAGAUAUCACCAGUCAAAAAAAAUCCCACAUUUUUCAAACAAAUCACCAAUUAACCAAAAAAGUAUUUUUUUUUUCCUCCUUUCCUUCUCGUUAUCUAUUAUUGCACGCGGUCACUCUGUGAUUCCAACCACGUGCUAGAGAAUGUAGCAAGCCCAUGUUGCCCCAGUGUUCUAUGAUACUGGGGAUCACAGUCUUACAUGCCUUAAGAUUCACCAAAUAAAGUAUUUUUCCUACAUGUAA